AUGGCGGACUCGUCACAUGCCCCAAGGUCUCCAGAGGCACCUCCAACGGCGAUAGCCCCCUCGCCAAGGGCAGAAGCCACUCCUCCGAAGUCCAAGACUGCUUCACCAAGAUCGGCAGGCUCACCUGAGGCCGAAAUCCCAGGGCAAACGACCGGAACUGCGACCCAGCAAGCCGAGAUUGAAGUCGACGAAGGUGACGAACUCGACCGCUUAGACUUUAAUGCUAGCUUCCUGACCAAGUUGACCCAGAACCAGUUGCACCACGCUCCUCUUGAACAAGGCAAGGUGCAUCGAAUUCUGGACAUUGGGACCGGAACUGGUAUCUUUGCCAGGGUCCCGCCGAACGUCAAAUUCGAGGUCGAUGACGUGGAGAGCCCCUGGGUGGCGCCUAAGUACGACUUCAUCUACUGCCGAUUCAUGGCAGGGGCAAUCGCGGACUGGCCCAGGCUCGUGAAGAACACUUUCAAAAAUACCCACCCCGGCGGCUGGGUCGAGUUCCAGGACUGGGAUCUUCUCUUUAAAUCCGACGAUGGAUCCAUCACCGACGACCAUUACUCCAUGAAAAUGAUCAAGAUGUUCAUGGAGGGCUCCAGGAAGGUAGGCCGCGAGCCGCAGCCCGGGCCCCUGCUGGAACCGUUGAUGCGAGGGGCUGGGUUCGUGAACAUCCACCACAAGCAGAUCAAGUGCCCCCUCGGCAUGUGGCCAAAGGACCCGUAUCUCAGGGACCUCGGGCACAUGAACAUGAUUCAGGCUCUCGAUGGGCUGGAGGCCUAUAACCUAAGGUUGUAUACCGGCGUGUUAGGGUGGACUGUGGCGGAGGCGCAGGUUUUGUUCGCGCACGUGCGCGACGAGAUACGCAAUAAUGCCUUCCAUGCUUACAUGGUUUAG